AUGGUGCAGCCGCCUCCUCAAGGAGGAUCGAGGAAGAUCUCCUUCAACGUUUCUGAGCAAUAUGAAAUUCAAGAUGUCAUCGGAGAGGGUGCUUACGGCGUCGUUUGCUCGGCUAUCCACAAACCCUCUGGCCAGAAAGUUGCCAUUAAGAAGAUUACACCCUUCGAUCACUCCAUGUUCUGCUUGCGGACUUUGCGUGAAAUGAAGUUACUGCGCUACUUUAACCACGAAAACAUCAUUUCGAUCUUGGAUAUUCAGAGACCUCGCAACUAUGAGAGCUUCAAUGAGGUGUAUUUGAUUCAGGAGUUGAUGGAAACCGAUAUGCAUCGUGUCAUCCGCACCCAGGAUCUCUCUGACGACCACUGCCAAUACUUUAUCUACCAAACGCUCCGUGCACUCAAAGCCAUGCAUUCAGCUAACGUGCUUCACCGUGACCUGAAGCCCUCGAAUCUGCUACUCAACGCCAACUGUGAUCUGAAAGUCUGCGACUUUGGCUUGGCUCGGUCGGCUGCCUCGACUGAUGACAACUCAGGGUUUAUGACAGAAUACGUUGCGACUCGGUGGUACCGUGCGCCGGAGAUCAUGUUGACAUUCAAGGAGUAUACGAAAGCCAUUGAUGUCUGGAGUGUUGGCUGUAUCUUGGCCGAGAUGCUGAGCGGGAAGCCCUUGUUCCCCGGGAAAGACUACCAUCACCAAUUGACCCUCAUUUUGGAUGUUCUCGGAACACCAACCAUGGAAGACUACUACGGCAUAAAAUCACGCCGGGCUAGAGAGUAUAUCCGCUCUCUUCCCUUCAAGAAGAAGAUCCCCUUCAAGGCAUUAUUUCCCAAGAGCAACGAAUUAGCUUUGGAUCUCCUGGAAAAACUCCUGGCUUUCAACCCCGCAAAACGUAUCACGGUCGAAGAUGCGCUACGCCAUCCGUAUCUGGAGCCGUAUCACGACCCCGACGAUGAGCCCACGGCCCCCCCUAUUCCCGAAGGCUUCUUUGAUUUUGACAAGAACAAGGAUGCUCUCAGCAAGGAGCAAUUGAAGACCCUGAUCUACGAAGAAAUCAUGCGGUAG